GCCCGUGCAGCUGGGGGCCGGGCGGAGUUGGAUCGCACCUCCUCGGGAAAGUGGGGAGUGGAGUCGCUCUGAGCGUGGGGGCCCGAGAAGGGUUGGGUUGCAGGCGUUUGGGGUGACCAUUGAAGGACUGAGGCGCUGGGGUGAGGGAACGGCGUGCAGAACCCACAUCUAGGUGCGCUGCUCCACGAGGGAAGUUGGGUGUAGUAGCAUCUGAGACGCCAAGGAGUUGGGUCCAGGUGGGCAGGGGAACCUACGGUGCACUGCUGAGUAGACCUGGGCGCCCUAAAACGGCCUGGCCUCUGUGUCUGACUUUGGGGUAGGGUAGGGAGUCGUAGGGCGUCCUGACUUCCUGCGGAGUCUAAAGGCUCCUCUCCUUAACAGCUGGGCUUUCCCCCUCCUUCCCAAUUGAGUCUGGGCGACAAGCCCCCGAGUGCUGGUCACGCUGGACCCUGGCGCGGAGCCCUGGCAUCACGACUCGGAGGCUGAGACUCUCUCCUGGAGUCACCCAGGGGAGAUGGAGCCGCCCCAGUGUGUGGAGGAGCUGGAGGAUGAUGUGUUCCAGCCAGAGGAUGGGGAGCCAGAGGCCCAGCCAGGGCGCUUGCUCUCUGCUGACCUGUUUGCCCAGAGCCAGCUGGACUGUCCCCUCAGCCGUCUGCAGCUCUUCCCCCUCACCCACUGCUGUGGCCCUGGGCUUCGACCCGCCAGCCAGGAAGACAAAGCCACCCAGACCCUCAGUCCAGCCUCCCCAAGCCAGGGUGUCAUGCUGCCUUGUGGGGUGACCGAGGAACCCCAGCGACUCUUUUAUGGCAAUGCUGGCUACCGGCUCCCUCUCCCUGCGGGUUUCCCUGCAGUCUUGCCCUUCGGUGAGCAGUCCCCCGAAGGACAGUGGCAGCAUCGAGCAGAGGUACAGAUUGCCCGAAAACUUCAGUGCAUUGCAGACCAGUUCCAUCGGCUUCAUAUGCAGCAGCACCAGCAGAACCGAAAUCGCGUGUGGUGGCAGAUCCUGCUCUUCCUACACAACCUCGCUUUGAAUGCAGACGAGAACAGGAAUGGGGCAGGCCCCAGGUGAGGCUGGGCUGCCCUCUUCACAGGGGCACCACAGGAAGGACGCCGGCGUGGAUGGACACUGUGUCUUGUGAAGCUUUUGUUGUUGUUUUGUUUUAUUUUUAGAAUGCCUCUCCGUGUACAUAAGACAUAUCUAAGAGAGACCUAUUUCCCUGUUCAGGGCCCCAACCAGGAAUGAGGGCCUUUGUUAAACACUGUUGAAGUAGAGGUGAUGUGUCUGUGAUGUGGGACCUCCCAAAGGCUCUGACAAGUAGUUCCACAGUCAGCAGUUGUUGAAGAUGACCAGGUAGUGAUAUUCUCUGGUCAGUGGACUGAAGUUUUCCCAUGGGAACUUGGUUAACAAAUAGGAGACUGGAUUAGACUCCUGGUUCCAGCAAAAUCUAUCAGCCUUCCACCAUGGAUGGGGCCAAGAUCUGCGGUCACAUUGCUUUAACCCCCGAGGGCCUCGGCCAGGGGCUUUCAGGCUGAGCAUGGCAAUUUCGCUAGGCUGGUCAGCCAGCUCCAUCUCUGGGUUCUCCUUUGGCCUAGCUAGUGCUCUCCCCAAGGGCUCAGGGAUUCUCACCCAGCCCCUGUCAUCUCCAGCAGACCUCAGGGAGGGCUGGGUUUCUCCAAGGACCCUUCAAAUGUGCUGCAAAAUGAAACAAACUUCUGGGUAGACCUCUGAUCUGACUUGGUUCUACUUGGAGGCCCCAGGAUUGGUCCUUGGGUGCAGAAUCCCUGCCACCUCUGACUACCAGGGACUGAACUGGCUGGGUAUCAACCAUGGAUGAGCCAAAUAGCCAAUCAACAUGCUGCAGCCAGCAGCUUGUGCCUUUUUCAGCUCUCCUUUCAAAAGACCCAGCUGACAGACUGCUUUCCACCCUAUAUCAGCACUCUAGGGCGUGAAGAGGCAGGAUUGCAGUGGUGCUGGGAAAUGUGGAGGCCAUCCACCUGUAGGAGUCAGCCCGAGAGGAACCCAGACCCCUUGGUUUCCUUGGAGACAACAUACCUCCUCCCCUUGAUCCCCAUUCCUUUUUCACACCUAGUGGGAUACAGGAAGAAGCCAGCACAGUGGCUUUGUCAGCUGAAAUGUGUCUUUUAGAGUAACAGACAAUGAUUAGAAAGCAGAACCGUUAAAGCUGGCUUCCUUCAGCUUCCAGCUAGGCUAGAAGGGCGUGCUCUGGAACGCAGCAGGAUCACAGCUGCCUCUGAACUUCUUCCCUUUUCUGCCUGCUGUGGCACUAAUGGAGAGAAUUUAAAGCAGCCAGUCUGGCAGCUCUGAUAGCAGACACAGGGAAUAUGAAAAGACACAGGGACUCUGUUAACCAGACACCUAGAAAUUAAAUUAUAAUUUUUGCAUAUGUAAGAAAAGAUAACCUUGGUGCUAACAGUGAAGCAAGGCACAAAGAAAAGAUUGCUUGGUCAUAGAAGACAUUGGGGCUACCCAAGGAAAUUGGAGGAGUCCCGAGUAGACUCACAAAUCUGAACAAGCCCAAGCUCCUCCAAUUCUGCGUAGAGGAGACCUUCAGUACUGCUGAGGGAGGCAGUGCUCUUCUGGAUGUACAGUCAGGCAGGUUGUUCACUGCACAAGGGCACCUGCAGAGGAAGAUAAUGGAAGCUAAGAUCCAGCCCAGGCUCUGCUUCCUAAGCUAUAUGCCCUAGUGUAGGGCUAUAUCUGCUCAGAGGAAGGGGAGCUUUUCUUAUAUUUGCACAAAGGUGGGCUCACAGUGGCCCUGAGGCAAAGGACCUCAAACUGUGCGCAAGCCUUUGUUUUGUUCUGCUUGGAUGUUCUGGAGGUAUUACCUCUUUGCCAGAAUUAUAUUCUCAGGGUGUGUACCAUCAUUUGCUAAGAAGAUGGGUUCCUGCUCACAAGAGGGAGCCCAGGAAACAGGUGAAGACUGGCUCUGGGACACGAUGAUCAUUAUGAAAUCUGGAUUUUUCUGCAUGUCUUCACACCAUUUUAUGAUGUGCAUAGGACAUGUGUUGUUUUCCCCUCUCCUGGACUGUGAUAGGCAGGCUGCUGGUAUGUGUUUGUGUAUCACACACAAGGAAACCAGGACUAUUUCUACCAGACACCUUUAACCCCUCUCAACAGAUUUUCCACCUGAGCCGAGUGAGAGAGCAAGUAAGUGGACUGGGCCUUGGUGCUGAGGCAAAGCCAUCAAUUGCAGAGACCUUGCCUGGCCCGGGAGGGGGAGGGAUGUCCUGUGGCCUGUGCUGAGAACUGAGCCCAGACUUGGACAAGCCCACCUGAACAUUUUGCCUGGGGCUAGGCGGAGUGUGAUCUGACUACACUGUCUCCAUCUUAAGUGAAGCCACAAAGUAACUCACUGCAAGCCAGGGUAAAAUUUAGAACUCCCUUCCUCCCCCUCCAUGCAAAAACCCAGGAGGUGACUGGCAGAACAGUCCCAGAAGGGAGAGAAGAGAGGUUCCUCCCGACUGGCUGUUUUUAAUUGGCCUAAUGAUCUAGACUGGCCCCUUCCCCCUCUGCCAGUGGGUCUGAACAUUCCUCCAGUCCAGCCUCAGGAGACGUGUCCCUCCCCUUGGGCCCCUUUCCCCCAUCCCCCACCCCCAGGAGCUUGGCUGUCUCUAGUUAGUGGGUGGAGAAUCAGAUUUAGAGGGAGGGAGAGUCUGACCUGGCUCCUGACCUGUAACCAACUGAAGACUUCUGGAGCUUUUGUGGUUUGCUGAGGGUGGGGGUGGGAGAGGUACUGGAAACCUCCCCAUUGUAGAAAUGCCCUGGAGGAAGGGAAGCUUGAUGUUCAGGCUCAAAACAGCCCUUCUAAUUCAGAACCCCCAAUAGCUGUGUCUGGAAGCCAGUAGAUAGGACUGGGAGAACCCCUCAGGCUGACCUCUGACCCCACCAGGGCCAUUGGAGGACUAGCCUGGCCUCCCUGCCUUUGCCUGCUUUAAAGUCUGGGUUGAUGAAGAACUGCCCCCAUGGCCUUUUCUUGCUUGCUCAGUCCGAGGCAGAAAGAGAUCACCUCUCUGCCUCCCUGAGCCCCAAGGGAAUGGGUCUGUGUCCAAACUCCAGGCAGGCAUGUUCCGAGCACUCAGAGGGGCCCAGCUGCCUUGCCUCACUAUCCCCAGCAGCCCAGCCCUGUCCAAGGGUGUCCCCGGCCUGAGCAUGGGGAGGGAGAGGGUUGUUUGGGAUGGUCCAUCCAGGGCCUCCAUUGGGUCACUGUGACUGACCUGGUCAGCAAUGCCAAGAGCUUGAGAGCUUGUCCCAUUUAGAGGACUUGAUGAAGAGGUGGGUAGGGAGAGUAGAGAAUGACAGAAGCAGUUAGAUUUCAGCUGCCAGGGCUCCAUGGGGCUUCUGUGAAACAGUGCUACAGCCCAGCCCAGAGAGAGCUGCAGGGUCCCGCCAUGCGUAGGUGGGACUCUUGGUGGGAGGCCACCCUGGCUGGACUUGGUCCAGGAAGGGAUUAACCUAUCAGCCUGUGAUGCCUCCUGGAACACUGUGGGCAGUGGGCACCUUAGGGCUGGUGGGGACUUUGGGUGUUGAGGGAAUAGCAGAGAAAGCCGAGCUCUCCCAUAGAUGGGCCAGCCUUGUGGGCUGGAGGUGCUCAGAUCCUGUGCAGGCUGCCCGGUCUGCACAUCCCCUCGCUCUGAGGAGGUGGCCAGCGCCUCUCCUCUCCCUGCUCUGUGAGCAUUGCCCAAUGCGCUGCCCCAUCUCUGGGUCUACAGGGACUGUCAGGGUGAGACCCAGUGAGAAUGUAGCAUUUUGUUCAUCCCAGGUUAGUUUUCCUGGGUUCUAGGCACUCUGCCUCUGGGAGAGAGACAGGGAAAGAGAGGGAGGGGAUGGGAACCCAUUGUUUUUUAAUCUGUACAGAGUGUUUAGCUUUGUGUCUUUUCACAUGCAUAUAUGUAUGUGUAUAUUUUCCCCCAUCAACUGGUACAAUUUUUAAUAAAACCAUUUAAAGCAAAGCUGAUCUUUCUUUUUCAAGGUGUGAUGAAAAUGCAUGGGGAUCGGUUAGGGAAUUGACUUCUACCUCGUUUCUCAGCUGCCUUCCCGAGUUACCUCCAAGGCUUCUGGCUUUCAUCAGGACUUCCUUUCCCCUCCUGGAGAUCAGAGGGGCCCUUCUGACCACACAGUAAACAGCGCAGCAGAGUUUCGUGAGGGGGAAAGACACAGGCUUUGAAUCCAGACCAGCCCAGACAGGGAUUUGGAUCUGGUUCUAGCUUCUGUCAGGUGAAUGACUUAAGGCAAGUUGUGUAACCUCUCUGAGCCUUCCAUUCUUCCCUGUGUAAAUUACAGCUGUGUCUGCCUUGCAGGAUUAAAGGGAGUGUCCCCAAAGGACCUGCCCUGAGGGCACUCAGUGAUGGCAGCCUCACUGACAGACAGCGUCCUGGCAGCCCCUCCAUGCAGCCCCCCACCCGUGUCAAACUGGGCUGCAGUUUCCUUUUUAUCAAGGUAGCAUCUCAGGAGGUAUGCUAGAGGUAGUCCUCACUUGCCUUUCUUUGGGGAUUAACAAUGUGUCUGACUCAAAGGAUAAUUUAAAGCACUUGACAGGGUUCUGAAAAAUGCUUGGAAAAAACCGCUACUGGUCCUAUCAGCAGUAAACUGUGAGCCAAAAGGCCAACUUGCCUUGCCUGGGCCAGGCGCCCUUGAUUUAGGAAGCCGUCAGCUCUCUGAGGACAGCCUCGGACUCUUGUACCUAUACUUAUAGACAGUGCGACUUUGAAGUGACAUUGAUUAUGUUGUCUUAGCUCUUCAUCAUGUGGAAGAGGCCCAGAAAGGGGACGUUAUUUUCUAUUUGGGCCUUUUAAACAGCUGAGUCAGUCUGAGGGGGCCUUACCCCACUCAUAUGGGUUUCCAUUUGGAAACUGCUAUGCUCUCACCCAGAUCGGUGGGGAAGCCGAAACUUGUCUAUAUUUAAUGCCAAAUAACUGCCUCUUCUCCUGUAAAACAUGGCACUUCUAACCACUCUAUAUUUGGACAGAGAGUUUAUUUUUACUGGAGUGUGGUAGAAGUGGGGCCUGGUGCCACAUCCGGAUGUUAUUCUACAUUUCACGUGCUGGGUUGUAGUUGAGCUCAUUAAGCAGCCCCAAUGGUACACAGGGAAUUAGGUGAUUGGUGAUAGAAAUGUCUUUCUUUCAAUUCAUCUGCCCCUACUUUCAGUGUGGCUGCAGUCGGCUUCCCAGGCUGGAGAGCGGGCUCACCCUUGUCUUCUGCUUCCUUCCCUCUCUCUCUAAUCCCUCCAGAGGAAGUCUGGGGGGGGGUUAAAGG